GACCUGCUCUAUGGUCACUGCGACCUCACACCUCUUCCGGGUUGUCAUAUGUCUACGGUAUUGUUUAAACUUAAAAAAAAAGCCACUCAACAUGCGGCUGGGGAAUUCUUAGAUAUUGCUAAACCUGCUAAUGGAAUUCAUCAUUAUCUACCACCCCCUUUAGUAACUCUAUGAGAUUCGGAGUAACAGUAUGCUCUCUUCAUGGAGUUCCCUCAAGCGCCACAAAAGGAAGUUCCUUUUCGCUGGUGUUUUCAUUGGAGGUGGAUAUCUAUUGAGUAAAUAUGCUCAAAGAAAAUUACAGGAAUUCCAGGACCAAGAGGCUACAGAAUACAUUACUCAAGCCAGACGACAGUACCACUUUGAAAGUAACCAGAGGACAUGCAACAUGACCGUUCUAUCUAUGCUGCCAUCUCUCAAAGAAGCCAUUAUUAUGCGCUUAGAUUCAGAGGAUCUGACGUCUUUGCUGAAGAGAAGGCCAGCAAAUAAGUUUGAAAUCUGGGAGGACCUUAAAAUAAUCAGUUUUUCUAGAAGUGUAGUAGCUGUGUACAGUACCUGCAUGUUGGUUGCACUACUGCGAGUUCAGCUCAACAUCAUUGGUGGUUACCUGUACUUGGAUAACUCGGUGAACAAAACUGGAAUGAUCCAAUUUGCACCACCUGAUGUCCAACAACAGUAUUUGUCCAGUAUUCAACAUCUUCUUGGAGAUGGGCUGAAUGAAUUGAUGACUGUAGUGAAAAGAGCAGUGCAAGAUGUACUGGGAGGUAUGUCCCUGAAGCAGCACCUGUCACUACAGGAGUUGGACCAGCAGCUGGUUAGCAUCAGGCAACGAGUAGAGGAAGGGUUAGGAGCCACAUCACACAAGCCUCUCUCUUGGUACCUGAUGCCAGAUGAGGAGAAUACACUCGAGGCUCAGGCUUGUAGUCUGACUGGGUAUGAUGUCAUGACUAUUAAGUUGCUGAAUGAAACUCGAGACAUGCUGGAAAGCCCUGACUUCAGCAUAGUACUCAGCACUUGUCUGAGCAGAGGGUUCAGCCGCUUCCUUGAUAACAUGGCAGAGUUCUUCCACCUGCCACAGGGAUGUCCCGUAUCUCUGGAAGCGUCUGGAAGUCUCUCUCAUGAACGUCUUCCCCUUGCCAAAAUCAUUCCCAUUGUCAAUGGACAGAUUCAUUCAAUAUGCAGUGAAAUACCAAGUCAUUUUGUCCAGGACCUCCUGUUGAUUGACCAGGUGAAGAAAUUUGCAGCUAAUGUUUAUGAGACAUUCAGCAGUCCACAAGAACAUCAGAGAUGAUUUGGGCUUUGGUUCAGUCAAUGCUAACUGUGUUCCCUGCUCACUUAACUGGUUGUAAAUGAAAUGCUAAAGAAAUAUGGGGAAAUGGUAUGAAGUGAUCUCUGUAGUGCUAACCGACACGAGAGAUCACAGUAGAGUGGUUCAUAUAGUUAUUAAUUUGCCCAAACAUUGUAAACAAAUAAAAUGUGUUUUAUAUGUACCCCAUGAUUUGCAAAGAAACUAAAUGUAUUUUGGAAAAAUACCCCAUGAUUUGCCCAGCCAUUAAACAAAUAUAAUGCCA